AUGUCUGAAUUACGCUACGACAACCAAGUCGUCGUAGUCACAGGCGGCGGCGCCGGCCUCGGCCGCGCAUACGCCCUCUUCUUCGCCUCCCGCGGCGCAAAAGUCGUCGUGAACGACCUCGGAGGAUCAGGAAAAGGCGAAGGAAAUGACACAAAGCCCGCCGACACCGUCGUCUCCGAAAUCUGCGCCGCCGGCGGCGUCGCAGUCGCAGACCACCACUCCGUGACCUCCGGGGAUCUCAUCAUCGAGACCGCUAUCAAAGAAUUCGGCCGUGUUGAUGUGUUGAUUAAUAAUGCGGGUAUUCUGCGUGAUGUCAGUUUUAGGAAUAUGACGCAGAGGGACUGGGACCUGAUCAUGGAUGUGCACGUGAGGGGGGCGUAUAAGUGUACUAGAGCGGCGUGGCCGUAUUUCAGGAAGCAGAAGUACGGGAGGGUGGUUAAUACGAGUAGUGCGAGUGGGCUGUUUGGGAAUUUUGGGCAGACGAAUUAUGCGGCUGCUAAAUUUGCGUUGAUCGGGUUCACUAAGACGCUCGCGCUUGAGGGGAAGAAGUAUAACAUCUUCGCAAACGUCCUCGCUCCCGGCGCUGGUUCGCGCCUCACAGCAACCGUCAUGACCCCGGAGGUGCUAUCCGCCAUGUCGCCAGCGUACGUGGUACCGCUCGUCGCAGUUCUAGUCCACUCCUCGAACACGGAGACCGGCUCCAUAUUCGAAGCAGCAGCGGGCCAUUUCUCGAAGAUCCGGUGGGAGCGGUCGAAGGGCGCGCUCUUUCGACCCGAUGACAGCUUCACGGCUGGGGCGGUGGUGAAAAGGUGGAGAGACGUGGGAGAUUUUGAGAGGGGGAGGCCGGAGCAUGCGAGUGGAUCGGCGGAUAUGAUUACGAAGCUUGAAGAGGCGAAGAAAGCACCGAGGGGUGACGGAGGCGAGAAGGUGGACUUCGGAGGAAAGGUGGUGCUGGUCACGGGCGGUGCGGCGGGGCUGGGGAAAGAGUAUUGCACGGCCUUUGCGGCGCUCGGUGCUAAGGUGGUUGUUAAUGACGCUAUGAGUACCGCGAGCGUGGUUGAAGAGAUUAAGAAAGCGGGUGGAGAGGCCAUUGGAGUGACGCUGUCGGUGGAGAAGGGAGAACAAGUCGUAAAAGCUGUGGUUGACGCUUACGGACGGAUCGACAUCAUCGUUAAUAAUGCGGGUAUCUUGCGCGACAAGGCGUUCUCGAAUAUGACAGACGAGGCCUGGGAGUCGGUCGUCGCAGUUCAUCUAGGAGGGACCUACAGAGUUACGAAAGCGGCCUGGCCCUACAUGCUGAAGCAGAAAUAUGGGCGUAUCGUCAACAUCACAUCCACUACUGGAAUAUACGGAAAUUUUGGCCAAUCCAACUACGCUGCAGCAAAAGCUGGAAUUCUUGGAUUUGGUCGCUCCUUGGCCCUCGAAGGUGCGAAGUAUAAUAUAUAUGUCAACACAGUAGCUCCAACUGCCGGAACAGCCAUGACACGGACGAUAAUGCCAGAGGACGUAGUACAGGCUUUGAGGCCUGAGUACGUUGCUCCGCUGGUAAUGGCUCUAUGCAGUGAUAAGCUAUCAAAUCCGACCGGAGGGCUGUAUGAAGCGGGCGUUGGAUGGAUCGCAAAGACGAGGUGGCAGCGAGCUCGUGGCGCUGAUUUUCCCCUUGACAAGUCAUUGACGCCCGAAGAUGUGCUGAAAGAAUUUGCAUCGAUAGUGAAUUUUGACGAUGGGAGAGCGGAUCAUCCGGAAAAUCAAGCGGACGGCUCAAAGUACAGUAACAUAAACAUGGCCAAAUAUUUGAAGGUCAAUACAGCAAGAAAAUCGAAACCUUCGCGGCUGUAG